AUAAAACCAAAAUUUCUGAUACAUUUUACAUUGUAGAUAACACUACAAUCGUCUUGAACAUUUUUGCAAAGAUGUAUUUGGGUUGGCUUUUGGUAGUUUUUUGUCAGUGUCUUAUUGUCUUUUCGAAAGAAAAUGACACUUUGGUGGCAGUACAAAUGCUUUACAGGCAUGGAGAUAGAACACCAAUGGCAGUCUAUCCAAAUGACCCUAACAAAAAAUUAGUAUACCGCGAAACAAGCUCAGCUCAACUCACCAACAAAGGCAAAGAAAGGCAAUACAAGCUCGGACAAUGGUUGAGAAAACGUUACAACGGGUUUCUUCCAUCGAAAUAUUCAAACUCCGAUAUCAAAAUUUUGACUGACGACGAAGACCGUUGUUUUAUGUCGGCCAUGUCGAAUUUGGCCGGCCUAUACCCUCCAAAGGGUCAACAAAUUUGGAAUAAGGACAUUAAAUGGCAACCCAUACCAGUCAGGUUUAAUUUAAGUUUGCAAACCCCUGAAAAUUGUCCAGUAUAUGAAGAUUUAUCCAAUAAGGCAGAGCUAGAGCUGUUUGAAGAUAUUUGCUCUCAACAUGGAGAUAUACUGGAAUAUUUGGCUGAGAAAACAGGAGCAGAGAUUAAUGACAUGGCCACGUUAGUUUACACUAUUAUAGACCCUUUAAAAUGUGAAGAAGCCCAAGGUUUAAAACUCCCAAAAUGGACUGACACCGUGUAUCCUAAACCUUUAGUAGAUUGGGUGUCUUUAUAUUAUAGUUUAGGUACAUCAUCCUCAAAACUUGCCCAAUUCAGAAUAGGACCAGUUUUCCAAAGCAUUUUGGACCAUUUCGAAAAUGUUAACGAAAAAGUUAUAAUGUACUCAUCACAUGAUAGUUCACUUGUUGAUAUAGUAUACACAUUGCAACCUAAUCACCCCAAAUUUUGGCCCGAAUUUGCUUCAGUUGUUAUCUUAGAACUGUGGCAAAAUAAAGAUGAGGAGUAUGUCAAAUUGACGUUGAAACGGGACAAUACCAUCGAGGAAAUUAACAUUGACCAAUGCGGCGUAAAAUGUAAUUUAGAAAAAUUCAAGAAAUUAGUGGAACCUGUUGCCUUAACUUUAGAAAAAAGGCAACAACUUUGCAAAAAUUAAUCUGUAAAAUAGAUAUUUGAAACAUUUAACAAUGUUUAUUUUUGACACCCUUCAUUUACAGAUUAUUUUGUCACGCAGUUGCGUAGUCAAAUUACAUAAUGUUGUAUUGUAUUGCAAUUUUAAUAUGCAUUUGUUGUAAUAGGUAUUACAUUUUGUUAUAGCCAAAGUACUAAACAGGUUCAAAUUUUACAAUGUUUUAGUUUUUGUCAG